AUGGAGGACCUUGAAAGCAAGUGCGCUUCACUGCGUACUGAAGUAGCCGCCACGGAAGCGCAGCUCGCGAGGCUAAAGCGCGAACUCCACGACGCGGAGGAAACCGCACUCAAGAGCCGGACUCAGGAUGCUGCUGACGCAAGCACUGAAGCAGAGACAAGGGUGAAGGGUAAAUGGCCACUAUCGGGCGAGGAGUACCGGCGAUAUGGAAGGCAGAUGAUUGUGCCGCAGCUGGGCUUGCAGGGCCAAUUGAAACUUCGAGACGCGAAAGUCCUAAUAGUUGGGGCAGGCGGAUUGGGAUGCCCCGCUGCGUUGUAUCUCGCUGGUGCGGGGGUUGGGACGUUGGGCCUCGUUGAUGGCGAUAGGGUCGAAUCUUCGAAUCUACACCGUCAAGUGCUGCAUAGGAGCAAGAAUGUGGGGAAGCUUAAGGUUGACAGUGCGAUUGAGUAUCUAACAGAAUUGAACUCACACUCUACGUAUAUCGCGCACAGAGCACACCUCGCGCCCCAGGAAGCGCCAGAUAUUUUCAAAGACUACGAUCUAAUCCUCGACUGUACGGAUAACCCUGCGACUCGGUACCUCAUUUCGGACACGGCUGUUCUCCUGGGCAAGCCGUUAGUUUCGGCGUCUGCUUUGCGAACGGAAGGCCAGCUGAUGGUGCUGAACAACCCCCCUCGGCCUGCUGGGGACAAGACAGGGGGCCCGUGCUAUCGUUGUGUUUUCCCAAAACCACCACCGGCGAAUAGCAUAACAAGCUGUGCAGAUGGUGGAAUUUUAGGACCUGUUGUCGGAACUAUGGGUGUGCUACAAGCGUUGGAGGCAAUCAAGGUUCUCACAGCCCUCGAAGGAACGGCCGAAGCGACCCCACCAUCUCUGUUGAUCUUCUCAGCGUAUUCAACGCCGCAAUUCCGCACGAUCAAGUUGCGUUCCCGACGGCCCAACUGCGCGGUGUGCUCUGCCGAUGCGAGUGUGACACUGGAAAGCGUGAGGUCGGGGUCCAUGGAUUAUGUCUUCUUUUGCGGGACCGUGGACCCCGAAGACAUUCUCUCCUCGGAGGAGCGUGUUACCCCGCUGGAAUAUAACAAAGACCAUAGCCCCGAUACGGGUAGGCAUGUUAUCGACGUGCGGGAUAAAGUCCAGUUUGAUAUCUGCAACUUGGAGAAUAGCAUCAACAUCCCGAUCUCGACUAUUCUGGCUUCUGCACAUAGUACGGCAACAAAACUUGCGGACGAACCGACGCCUCUGCCCUCAUGGCUACCGUCUGAGAUUGCCGGAGAUUCGGACAGCCCGAUAUAUGUAGUAUGUCGGCAGGGCAAUGAUUCACAGACGGCGGUUAGGAUGUUGAAGGAGCUGGGACUUGGUCGAGGAGGCGAGCGUCGAAUAGUCGAUAUCAAGGGCGGGUUUCGCUCCUGGCGUGAACAGGUUGACCCGGACUGGCCUGAUUAUUAA